AUGGUCGCGAUCGCUGCAGGCCUCACCGUGAUCGCCACCCUGUUUUCGCUCGCUGAGCUUAGCCGGCUGAUAGGCCCAGCGGCCGGCGCCGGCGCCGUCGCCGGUGGCGCCGCUGCCGCAGCCGCCGACCAGCCAGUGGGCGUGGUGCGGAAACCAGAGGAGCUCCAGGCGGCGGCAAGCAAGGGCGCGAGCGGAGGGGGCGCCGGCAACGCCGCGCCCAUCGUAGAAGAAGCGGAGCCAGAGCCGGCGCCAGCCGAGUGUAACGCCCAGGAGCAGACCGAGCUGUGGGGUGACGUGGUGAAGUGGGGGGCCAACCAUAAGGUCAAGACGGCCGGCGAGUGCUGCGACGCGUGCAACAAGGCCUCCAAGCCGAUCGGCGGCAAGCCCAACGGCUGCAACGUAUGGGUGUGGUGCGGUGAUCAGCUGCUCUGCAAGGCGCAGUACAGGGAGUGCUGGCUCAAGCACCUGGCCCACCCGAAAGCGACCAAGCCGGCCAGGGAGGGGCCCGACGUCGGCUGGACGUCUGGCAUCGUCGGCCCGGACGCGGCGCCAGAGCCGUCUGAGGCGGCCGGCGCGCCGGGCGCGGCGCCCGCGGGGCCGCCGCGGCGGUUCCACAUUGUCACGUCGGCUCAGGGGUCUGCGGUGCACUGGCAGGUCAGGGUGCAUUACUACUGGUACAAGAAGCAGAAGCACGUGUGCGAGCGGGACCUCAAGGAGCGCUGCGAGAUGGGCGGCUUCACGCGUCUGCUGCACUCUGGGCAGGCGGACGAUCUGAUGGAAGAGGUGCCCACGUUUGUGGCGGAUCCGCUGCCCGAGAGCGUGGUCGCGCACGACUGGUACCCAGUGCUGAACCGGCCGUGGGCGUUCAUGCAGUGGGUGCAGAAGGCAAAGAUAGAGGAGGAGUAUGUGCUCAUGUCGGAGCCAGAUCACAUCUUCCUGAGGCCAAUACCCAAUUUCAUGCGGGGCGACGCGCCCGCGGCGUUCCCGUUUUUCUACAUAGAGCCCCAUAAGGACGACAACCUGCCGGUGAGCGGUUUUGUUUGGUGA